AUGACCAGUAAUGGUAACACGAAAAUGCGCAUCAAGAGUUUUCCGGUUUCUCUCAAUGAGCAACAUAUAAGUCAGACCUGGGAAAAGUUAAGGGCGGCUAUUCUGGAGAUCCAAAAGAUGAAUAACACUGGAUUAAGUUUUGAGGAACUGUAUCGGAACGCAUACACACUUGUCCUGCAAAAGCAUGGUGAUCUACUCUAUAACGGAACUAAGCAGGUUGUAAUGCAGCAUAUGCUACGCAUUCGCGAAUCAGUCGUUGAGAAUCUCAACAACAAGUUUCUCUCCUUCCUGAACAGCUGCUGGAAGGACCAUCAAACGGCCAUGCCAAUGAUUCGUGACAUUCUACUUUAUAUGGAUCGUAUUUACGUAAUACAGAAAAAGGUGGAUAAUGUUUAUAAAAUGGGUAUGGUGAUGUUCUGUCAGUUUGUUGUUCGCUAUGGUGUGAUAAAGGAGCAUCUUCAGAAAACGCUGCUUGAUAUGGUGAAGCGGGAGCGUCAAGGCGAGUUAAUUUCCCGACCACAGAUUCGUGAUGCCUGCCAGAUGCUCGUUCAGCUCGGGGUCGGUUCUCUGGAUGUCUAUCAGGAGGAUUUUGAACAACCUUUCCUGCGACAAACUCGCGACUUUUACGUGGCGGAAAGCGACGCCUUUCUGGCUCAAAAUCCCUCCGCGAUCCUCUACAUCACCAAAGUGGAGCAACGCAUAGAGGAGGAGAUUGCCCGUGUUCACCACUACCUGGACGUCUCAACAGGUCCAAAGCUUGUUAAAGUGCUCGAACAGGAGCUAAUCAGUCGUCACAUCAACACCAUCGUAAACAUGGAGAACUCUGGCCUCACCUACCUCCUGGCAAAUGAACGUUAUGAUGACAUUAAGACUAUGUAUAAGGUUCUCUCCCGCGUACCUGAGGGUCCCAAGGUCAUGAGUCAGUGCAUAAGCGCCUUUGUCCGCGAACGCGGGCAGAACAUUGUUCGUGAUACGGGCAGUAGCAAUCCACUGCAGUACAUUCAGGAUCUACUCCAGCUACGUAGUCGCUGUGACGAUAUUCUGAUCGCUCUUGAUCGCCAAGCUAUCUUCCGCAGCCAGCUGAAUGGGGACUUCGAGUUUUUCAUUAACAGAAAUCCCAAAUCGGCUGAGUUUCUCUCUCUCUUUAUCGACGAGAAGUUGCGACGUGGUUUCAAGGGCAUGAGUGAUCAUGAUGUAGACGUCAUCUUCGAUCAGUGUACCGUGCUUUUUCGCUAUUUGCAGGAGAAGGACAUAUUUGAGCGUUACUACAAGCAACACUUGGCCAAACGUCUGUUACUGGGCAAAUGCCAGUCGGACGACCAGGAGAAGAGCAUGAUUGCCAAACUUAUGGCAGAGUGUGGUGGCCUCUUCACGAGCAAAUUGGAGGGCAUGUUUAAGGAUAUGACUGUUUCUAAGUCCCUGAUGGAGGAGUUUAUUCUGACCACUGCAAACUCACCGCUCAACUUGGAUCUGUAUGUGCGUGUGCUGACUAUUGGUCUGUGGCCGACUCAAACUACAAGUCCUCGAGUAUCGCUGCCCGCAGAUGCCGUCGAUGCUUUCAGUGUCUACUCGAACUUCUACUUGAGCAAGCACACCGGCCGAAAGAUCAGUUUGCACUCGAACCUGGGCCACGCGGAGUUGCUAGCUGUCUUUAAUGGGCCUGUGAUCGCAAAUGAGGAGACUCCAUCUCAGCUCGAGGUUGUAGCCAGCCCCCUCCCUUCCUCCUCGCUUCGCUUCUCCGCCUCGUCCUCUUCGAGUGGCGCUGUCAGCGGGCUACCGGGAAGUCCUGGGGUCCCUGACCCUGUUGACAACCCCGGCACUGUCGUUACCGGCAGGACCUCCUCGAACCGGAAGUACGUCCUUCAGGUGUCCACCUUCCAGAUGGUCAUUCUGAUGCUUUUCAAUCAGCGCAGCCGCUACACCUUCGGGGAGUUGCUUGCGGAGUCGGGCAUCCCUGAACGUGACCUAAUGCGCAAUCUGACGGCGCUGUGUCUGAGUAAAUCUACCCAGCGCAUCCUCUGCAAGGAGCCCAAGAGCAAGGAGAUUGAGCCCACUGAUGUCUUCUCUGUCAAUAACUCGUUUUUCUCACGUCACUACAAGAUUAAGGUGCAGAACAUGUCGGUGCGCGAGAGCGAACCGGAGCGCCAAGAGACGCGCACGCGAGUGGACGAGAACCGCCGCUAUGUGAUCGAGGCGACCAUAGUGCGGGUGAUGAAGAUGCGCAAGACCAUGGAGCACAACCAGUUGCUGGCCGAGGUGAUGGAGCACCUCAAGUCGCGCUUUCGCCCUACCCCGCUGGCUAUCAAGCAGCGCAUCGAGGCUCUCAUUGAUCGUGAGUUCAUCGCACGCUCCGAAACCGACCGCAAAGUGUACAAAUACCUCGCAUGA